CCAAUAGAUAUUAUACGACAUAAUUUUUUUUAUCAGAUUUCUACGGAAUUUCAUAACAAAACACAAUUUAAAAUUAUGGACAAUCCGUGAUUGAUCACGAAAUAAAAAAAGUAAUAAUUUAUCUGAGUGCUUUAUAGGAUAUAUCAUAUCACAGAAAAGAACAAAGCAAAACGAGUCAAGGAGUCGUUAACUAGUUAGAGGGAGAAGGAGAAGGUUGAAAAUGGCGGAGACUGACAUAGAUAUUGAGCGCUUAGAGAGUCAAGGAUCAGGAUUGCGGUUGAAAGAGCCGCUUCUCAGGAGUAGAACCAACAACACUUCUCAGAUUGCCAUUGUUGGUUCCAAUGUUUGCUCAAUCGAGAGCCUCGAUUAUGAAAUUGUUGAGAAUGAACUCUUUAAGCAGGAUUGGAGAUCCAGAAAGAAAAUUGAGAUAUUUCAAUAUGUUGUCCUUAAAUGGACCCUAGCUCUUCUAAUUGGGUUGUGUACUGGACUGGUUGGCUGCUUUAAUAACCUUGCUGUGGAGAACAUAGCUGGCUUCAAACUUCUUCUCACCAACAAUCUCAUGCUCAAGGAUAGGUAUUUUCAGGCAUUUGCAGCAUAUGUUAGUUGUAACAUGAUCUUAGCUUUUGCUGCUGCUGUCCUCUGUGCCUACAUCGCCCCUGCAGCAGCAGGCUCUGGCAUACCUGAGGUGAAAGCUUACCUCAAUGGUAUAGAUGCGCAUUCUAUAUUGGCCCCAAGUACGCUCUUUGUAAAGAUUUUUGGUUCAAUUUUUGGAGUAGCUGCUGGAUUUGUGGUUGGUAAGGAAGGACCUAUGGUGCACACUGGCUCUUGCAUAGCUUCAUUGCUUGGGCAGGGUGGUUCUCGCAAGUAUCGUUUGACCUGGAAAUGGCUUAGAUUCUUCAAAAAUGAUCGUGACCGGAGGGAUCUGAUCACUUGUGGUGCUGCUGCUGGUGUUGCAGCUGCAUUUCGUGCCCCAGUGGGUGGGGUCCUUUUUGCCCUUGAAGAGGCAGCUUCAUGGUGGAGAAGUGCUCUUCUUUGGAGGACAUUUUUCACAACAGCCAUAGUAGCAGUGGUGUUGAGAAGUUUUAUUGAAGUUUGCAAGGGUGGUAAAUGUGGACUAUUUGGGGAAGGAGGUCUGAUUAUGUUUGAUGUUAAUUCAACUAAAACAACUUACAGCACCCCUGAUCUACUGGCUGUUAUAUUCCUAGGAAUUAUUGGUGGCAUCUUUGGAAGCCUUUACAAUUUUUUUGUGAACAAAGUCCUUCGCGCUUAUAGCAUCAUCAAUGAGAAAGGUCCUUUAUUCAAACUUCUUCUUGUACUGGUCAUUUCCUUUUUGACAUCUUGUUCAUCUUAUGGCCUUCCGUGGUUUUCACCAUGCACUCCAUGUCCCCCUCACCUAAUGGAUCAAUGCCCCACAGUGGGUCGCUCUGGGAACUAUAAGAAUUUCAAUUGUCCACCUAACCAAUACAAUGACCUUGCCUCCCUUUUUUUCAAUACCAAUGAUGAUGCCAUUCGGAACCUAUUUAGCUCUGGCACUGAAAGAGAAUUUCACCUCUCCACGCUUUUAGUUUUCUUUGUUGCUAUUUAUUUUCUCGGCAUAAUUACUUAUGGCAUUGCUGUUCCCUCUGGGCUUUUCAUACCAGUCAUACUGGCUGGGGCCUCUUAUGGUCGUCUCGUUGGUACUGUCCUCGGUUCUCUCUCUAAUCUCGAUGCCGGUCUCUUUGCCCUUCUUGGAGCUGCAUCCUUCCUUGGUGGGACCAUGAGGAUGACUGUUUCUCUAUGUGUUAUACUUCUUGAACUCACAAACAAUCUUUUGAUGCUCCCACUAAUGAUGCUCGUCCUCCUCAUUUCAAAAACUGUGGCUGAUUGUUUCAACAAGGGUGUGUAUGAUCAAAUCUUGGUAUUGAAGGGGUUACCUUAUAUGGAAGCUCACGCAGAGCCAUACAUGAGAAAUUUGGUUGCUAGAGAUGUUGUCUCCGGUCCACUAGUUACAUUUUCCGGCGUUGAGAAAGUGGGGACUAUAUUCCAGACACUGAAGAUUACAAAACAUAAUGGAUUCCCGGUGAUUGAUGAGCCACCCUUCUCUGAAGAUCCAGAGUUGUGUGGUCUUGUUCUGAGGUCUCAUUUGCUUGUGCUGCUUCAAGGAAAGAAGUUCUCAAAAUCAAGGGUGACAACAGAAUCAGGAAUUAUGAGGAGUUUUAAGGCCCAUGAUUUCGCUAAGGCUGGAUCAGGCAAGGGGAUCAAACUGGUGGACUUGGAUAUCACGGAAGUGGAAAUGGAGAUGUAUGUUGAUCUCCAUCCCGUCACUAAUACUUCUCCAUACACGGUAGUGGAGACAAUGUCUCUAGCCAAGGCUGCUGUUCUCUUUCGACAGCUCGGCCUCAGGCACUUGUUGGUAGUGCCAAAGACAACAGGGAGACCUCCAACUGUUGGAAUCUUGACAAGACAUGACUUCAUGCCCGAACAUAUUUUGGGACUUUAUCCACACUUCGACUCUCACUCUCAUACGUAGAGGAAACUAUUUGUGUCACCAAUGGUAGUGCCUCUAUUGAGUUAUUGUUUUAUGUCCAUAUUUAGUUAUUUUCUAUUCAUGAGUUAGGAUGACUGUUCUUCAAGCCAAUGGCUUGUUGUUAUUGUUAUUUAUCUAACAAUUGGCUGACUACAUUUAUUCGCAAAUAUUGGUUUCGUUAGGAAUUUAUUAGUCACGGCAACAAAUAUUUGUCAAAGUUUAAGAGUUGUCCAUUGUUCGUUUUUAUUUUAUAUAUAUAUAUAUAAAUGCUAAACACACUUAUUAUUAUA